GUCGUCGACGAGAGAAGCAUCUCGGACAUUGAGCCCAAGUAAGCAUCAUGGCGCAGUCGUAUCUGCCCAAGGAUUUCCUAUGGGGGUUUGCAACAGCCAGUUACCAAAUCGAAGGCGCCCCGCAUGAAGACGGGCGCGCCGACUCCAUCUGGGACUCGUUCUGCCGCAUCCCAGGUAAAAUUGCUGGCGGCGAAUCGGGCGAGGUGGCGUGCGAUUCCUACCACCGCACUGACGAGGAUGUUGCGUUGCUGAAAGAGUUGGGCGCAAAGUCUUACCGCUUUUCGCUGUCAUGGUCACGCAUUAUCCCGCUCGGGGGCCGCAAUGACGCGGUCAAUGAAAAAGGACUGCAGUACUAUCUCACGCUGGUUGAUAAGCUCCAUGCUGCCGGCAUUGAGCCAAUGAUUACAUUGUUUCACUGGGAUCUGCCUGACGAGCUGCACAAGCGCUAUGGGGGUAUGCUGAACAAGGACGAGUUUGUAAAGGAUUACGAAAACUACGCCAGGGUGUGUUUCAAGGCCUUUGGGUCAAAAGUAAAAUACUGGAUCACCUUCAAUGAGCCAUGGUGCAGCUCAAUUCUGGGUUACGGAACCGGCCUGUUUGCCCCUGGCCGGUGCAGCGACCGAAGCAAGAGCGCUGAAGGCGACAGCACCAGGGAGCCCUGGAUUGUCGGACACUCGUUGCUCAUUGCUCAUGGGGCGGCGGUCAAGGCGUACCGUGACGACUUCAAGGCUCAGGAUGGAGGCCAGAUUGGAAUCACUCUAAAUGGCGAUUGGACCGAACCGUGGGAUCCAGAAGACCCAAAGGACCGCGAGGCGUGCAAUCGCAAGAUUGAGUUUGCCAUUUGCUGGUUCGGCGACCCAGUCUACUUUGGCAAGUAUCCAGACUCGAUGCGUAAGCAGCUUGGCGAUAGGCUGCCUGAAUUCACACCGGACGAGGUGGCUCUGGUCAAGGGCAGCAACGACUUUUACGGCAUGAAUCACUACUGUGCCAACUACAUUCGGCACAGGGAUACGGAGCCGGAGCUAGACGACCAUGCAGGGAAUCUCGAUGUUCUUUACCAGAACAAGAAAGGCGAAUGGAUCGGGCCAGAAACCCAGUCGGCGUGGUUGAGGCCAAUGCCCUUGGGCUUCAGGAAGCUGAUUAAAUGGCUCAGCGAUCGGUACGGUGGGCCGACCUUCUACGUAACCGAAAACGGCACGAGCCUCAAGGGCGAGAACGAGUUGCCUCUGGAGCAGCUGCUCGACGACGAGUUCCGGUGCGAGUACUUUAGGGGCUACAUUGGAGCCCUGGCCGACGCGCAUACGCUCGACGGGGUCGAUGUCCGGGGUUACUCUGCAUGGAGUCUGAUGGACAACUUCGAGUGGGCUGAGGGGUACACGACGCGUUUCGGCGUCACCUACGUCGACUACAAGGGCGGUCAGAAGCGGUAUCCCAAAAAGAGCGCACGGGAGAUUUCGAAAAUCUUUGACAAGUACAUCCAGAAGGACUAGUAUGCGGAUACGGCGUCCACUGGUGCGGUCGGGUACAAAAGCCAUCGAAUCAGAGGCGGGAACGUGGAAGGGAUCAGCCCUCUAGCGGCCGAAUGUUUUCUUUUUUUGCAGACUCUAGACGUCGGAUUGAGUUUGGGUGGCUUGCUGGCCUUGCCCUGAAGUCCAAUGUUUGCGACAGCUGAAGGACCUAGUUUAUUUUGUCCCUUUUCAGGGUCUGUCGACCGUGGAUUGGCUUUGCAUGGAGAAGGAGAUCUGGGUCGGGAGCGUUGCAGUGAGGGCCGUAUACCGUAUCUAGUUGUGAUGGUCGCCGUGGGCGAGGUGCAGAGGAGGUGGUGGAGGUGGAGGUGGAGAUAGCC